GAAAUGAACACUGAUCAUCAGCAAAAUGUAGAUACCAACAACAAUGUUGCAACAACAAAGUUGAUGAAGGACUUGAUGAUUGAUCCAAACGACUAUGAAAGAAUUGGAAAGAUGAAGGUUGAAGAAUACUUGGACUAUCAGUUUCAGAUACAGGUCAACUCUCUAAUGGAUCAUCUCGAGCGUAGAAUACAAGAUGUCAGAGACAAUGCUGAGAAGACCAAACAACAGAUACGUGCCAAUCAUCAACAACAACAAGGU